AUGGAGAACCUGUACGGCUUUCACUACUCAGAGCAGUCAUCUAUGGCUCCUCCGCCGCCGCUAUUAACAUCGACCAGUCACAACGUGAUUUCAUCAAUCGGUGCCCAGUUAGUCCGGUCCGGACCGGCGCAGUUAGUCCGGUCCGGUUGUUCUUCAUCGGAUGCAGAGUCGUCUAAGGUUGUCUUGCAGCAGGACGAGGAUGAGGUUUCCAAAGUUCUUGGUGCUAAAGUUGCUUCUCAUCCUCUUUUUCCUCAGCUUCUCCAUGCCUACAUCGAUUGCCAGAAGGUGGGAGCGCCGCCAGAGAUGGCGCAACUAUUAGAUGAAAUCAGAGGGGAGCAUAGUGAUGUGUGUCAGAUAUCUACCUUCUUCGGUGCUGAUCCUGAGCUCGAUGAUUUCAUGGAUACGUAUUGCAAUUUAUUGGUGAAGUUCAAAUUGGAUCUCUCAAGGCCUUUUGACGAGGCAACCGCGUUCCUCAACGACAUGGAAACGAAGCUUAACUCCAUCUGCAAUGGUCCUCAUGCCAGAAACAACACUCCUGAACCUGAUGAAGUUACUGCGUCAUCUGAGAAGGAUUUUAUUAGGAAGGAGAAAGAGGCAAUAGAAAGCAAGAGGAUAGUUGAAGUUCAAGAGCUGAAGGAUAAUCUGCAACGUAGAUAUAGCAGCUACAUUAGUAGUCUAAAGCACGAGUUUUCCAAAAAGAAGAAGAAAGAAAAGCUACCAAAAGAAGCAAAGCAAAUCUUACUUACAUGGUGGAAUAUUCACUUUAAAUGGCCAUACCCAACGGACGCAGAUAAGGUUGCCUUAGCUGAAUGGACUGGCCUAGACCAGAAGCAGGUAAACAAUUGGUUUAUAAACCAAAGGAAGCGCCAUUGGAAAUCUGAAAUGCAAGCUACACUUUCGGAUGGUCUCUAUGGACCUCUCUGCUUCAGUGAGAGUGACUAA